UUAGUUGGGGGAUCUGUCAGCCCAACUGAUCCCAGAAAACAGUCUUCAGGGAAAUUAUGGCUCACGCUGCAGGAGUGCGCGGGCCCCUUUUACUGAUUUUGUUGGAGAUAACCAUCAUUUGCACGGCACAGAGGGCUGGAGCCGGCCCUCCUGGUCCUCCCGGUGUGCCAGGAGUAGACGGUAUUGAUGGCGAGAGAGGUGACCCUGGUGAAGAUGGAUCAGCUGGUCCUGAUGGAGAUCUUGGAAAACCAGGUUCUGCUGGACUUCCUGGACUACCUGGAGCAGAUGGAUUGACUGGCCCCAUAGGAGAACUAGGCCCCGAUGGCCUCCCAGGACAAAAGGGAGAACCUGGCAAUCCUGGACCCAGAGGAGGGGUGGGUGUUGGACCUGAUGGACCGAUUGGACCACCAGGACCAGGAGGACUUCCGGGUGAGCAGGGAAAAGUGGGACCCCCUGGAGCCAUGGGAGUGAGAGGGCCACAGGGACCCCGUGGACCAACAGGCCCCCGUGGUGCUGCAGGGAUGCUGGGUGGAACAAUGGAACUGUGCUCUGACGCAUGCCCGCAUGGUGCUCCUGGUCAUCCUGGUUUGCCUGGAAUGAAGGGUCAUAAAGGGGUGAAAGGAGAAGCUGGAGAGCCUGGUAAACAAGGACACAAGGGAGAGGAGGGAGAUCAGGGGGCAUCUGGAGAAGUCGGAGCUCAAGGCCCAGUUGGAUCGCAGGGAAUUCGAGGUGCCACUGGUAUGAUUGGCUCCAAAGGAGAAACGGGGCCUCGAGGUGUUGAUGGGGACCCUGGACCUCAGGGUGUUGCAGGAGCCACGGGUGAUCGAGGCCAAAGAGGAUUAAUGGGAGAAACUGGCCCUAAAGGCGAACAGGGACCUCCAGGGUCAAGAGGCAACACUGGUCUUCCAGGGUCAAAAGGAGACAGUGGUUUGCCAGGUGUGGAUGGACGUGAGGGAAUUCCUGGCAUGCCAGGUGCCAAGGGUGCUGCCGGAAAACCUGGAAGCCCUGGGGAAGUUGGCCUUCAAGGACUCCCUGGUUUACCAGGAAGCCCAGGACCAAAAGGUGGAGGUGGAGAGAAGGGUAAUGCAGGACAACCUGGCCUCAUCGGUACUAUGGGAUCUGUAGGUAAACAGGGUGAACGUGGAGAACAAGGAGAAUUUGGACCCAUUGGGCCUAUUGGACAACCUGGAGACCGAGGAGAGCAGGGGCCACCUGGGCCGUUGGGAAAACCAGGAGCCAGAGGUCCUAAAGGUGACUUGGGCUUGCCUGGACUUCCUGGACCACCGGGCCUGCCAGGAAUAAAAGGAGAUAGGGGUGAAGCAGGAGAACCUGGACCAAAGGGAGAACAGGGCGCUCAAGGUGACGAGGGAUCACCAGGAGACAAGGGAGAUGUUGGUGACCCUGGCCAACUUGGAGCUAAAGGCGAAGUUGGUAACCAGGGGGAUCCGGGUAAUAGAGGACCAGAGGGUGCCCGUGGGCAGCCCGGCAUCGAGGGGCCUCCUGGUAGUGCUGGACCACGUGGCAUGCAGGGGAACAGAGGAGCUCCAGGACCUCGUGGCACCCAGGGACCAGCGGGUAAAGAACCAAGUGAUCAACACAUCAGACAAGUGUGCAUGCGCGUUAUGCAGGAGCAGUUGGCCCAGUUGGCUGCCAGUCUGAGGAGACCAGAGUCUGGAGCGGUCGGACUGCCAGGCAGACCUGGUCCCCCUGGUCCUCCCGGACCCCAAGGUGACAGCGGCUUCCCUGGGCAUGCUGGUGCAAGAGGUCUCCCAGGACUCAAAGGGCCCCUGGGUCUGUUGGGUGUCAAGGGGCCGAAAGGUGAGAUGGGAGACAGAGGGGACAGGGGACCUACAAGUCGGGGACCCAAAGGCAUGCCAGGACCUCCUGGACUACCAGGUGAACCUGGAAAACCAGGCUACGGUCAAGAUGGGCGUGAUGGAGAACGGGGUCCACCUGGUACCCCGGGUCAGCCGGGCGUUCCUGGACCACCUGGUUCAGCCGGACCACCCGGUUACUGCGAUCCUUCAGCCUGUAAUCUGAGCGCAGGUGCCGUCCACCAGUCCCUCAAAGACUCGAGCAUGAAGGGACCAGGCGGAAACUAAGAAGCUCACUGCACAGACAUUCAGAGAGACUCCAUUACAGCUCAAAGAAGAGCACAUGAUGUCAUCACCUUUGCAGAUAGUUUUACAGCUGUAAUGCCUAAAACACUUUACCAAUUACUGUGUACAGAAAAUGGCAACAUUUCUCGAUCCAAAUCAAUUAUUAACAUCUUCUUUAUUUUUUUGCACACCUCAAGUUAUCUGCUGGUGCAAAUGAACUUUCACAGAACUUAUUGUCCAUCUAAUGUUCUCCGGAAAGCCAUUUCCUGUAGAAUUUAGAAAUGUGUUUUUUCUCCGCUCAUACUAAAUCUGCUCUAGGAAGUAAAUAAACAUCCACGUGGCCUUCAGACCAUAGGCCUUUUUAAUUUCUGUGUGCCAAAGAUAAACUUGCCAGAAAUAUUGACGGUGCUGGAAGUUCAUAACCGAAACCGCUGCCAAAUACCUGCUGUCAGAAACAAAAACAAAAAAGAGAGAGGAUAUAUAUAUAUAUAUAUAUAUAUAUAUAUAUAUAUAGAUAGAUAGAUCUGCUGCAAUGUAUUCUUAACAUCUAUGUAAAUUAUUUAAAUGUGGUUUUGCAAGAAAUUCACUUCCCCUGCUAAAUAACAUUGGUGUGAUUUAUUGUUCCAGGAUUGUAAAUGCAUGACCCUUUUGUGACAUUUACACACGAGAAAUGCAGAUGUGUCGUUUCAUGGUAUUUCUAUUUAUUUUACAUAGGUGUUCAAUGACGAUGAAGUUUGUACAGAGAUCCAAGGGAAACACAUUUAAAUAAAAAUGUGAUGUGUUUAUAGGAAUUCAAAAUAAAUGUAGGUCUCAUACAUU